CGUCAUCUUUGCGGUCUCUCCGAGAGCCGGCAGCGGGCGCCGCCAUGAUGCAUUACGGAAGCCUAUAGUCCUUCUUCGGCGGCAGCCCGUCAUUCCGGCUCUCGGAGUUGCCACAGAACUUCCCGGAGACAGGGCCGCCGCCCAGAAUCGCUCUCGUUGGAGGCUCCUCUCGUGGGGCCGCGCUGCCUGCGCCACCUCCGCAGCCUGCCGUCCUCAUCCCGAUGGGCGCCGCCAUGUUGGGGUCCUAGCCGGGGGCGCGUAGGUGUCUUCAUAAGAUGCCGGCGCUACGGCGCGCGCUUCCCUCCAAGAUGGCGUCCAUGCGGGAGAGUGACACGGGCCUGUGGCUGCACAACAAGCUGGGGGCCACGGACGAGCUGUGGGCGCCGCCCAGCAUCGCGUCCCUGCUCACGGCCGCGGUCAUCGACAACAUCCGUCUCUGCUUUCACGGUCUCUCGUCGGCGGUGAAGCUCAAGUUGCUGCUCGGGACGCUGCACCUCCCGCGCCGCACGGUGGAUGAGAUGAAGGGCGCCCUGAUGGAGAUCAUCCAGCUCGCCAGCCUCGACUCGGACCCCUGGGUGCUCAUGGUCGCCGACAUCCUCAAGUCCUUUCCCGACACAGGCUCGCUUAACCUGGAGCUCGAGGAGCAGAAUCCCAACGUUCAGGAUAUUUUGGGAGAACUCAGAGAAAAGGUGGGUGAGUGCGAAGCGUCUGCCAUGCUGCCACUAGAGUGCCAGUACUUGAACAAAAACGCCCUGACGACCCUCGCAGGACCCCUCACCCCCCCGGUGAAGCAUUUUCAGUUAAAGCGGAAACCCAAGAGUGCCACGCUGCGGGCCGAGCUGCUGCAGAAGUCCACGGAGACCGCCCAGCAGCUGAAGCGGAGCGCUGGGGUGCCCUUCCACGCCAAGGGCCGGGGACUGCUGCGGAAGAUGGACACCACCACCCCGCUCAAAGGCAUCCCAAAGCAGGCGCCCUUCAGAAGCCCCACGGCGCCCAGCGUCUUCAGCCCCACAGGGAACCGGACCCCCAUCCCGCCUUCCAGGACGCUGCUGCGGAAAGAACGGGGCGUGAAGCUGCUGGACAUCUCUGAGCUGGAUAUGGUUGGCGCUGGCCGAGAGGCGAAGCGGAGAAGGAAGACUCUCGAUGCGGAGGUGGUAGAGAAGCCGGCCAAGGAGGAGACGGUCGUGGAGAACGCCACUCCGGACUACGCGGCCGGCCUGGUGUCCACGCAGAAACUUGGGUCCCUGAACAAUGAACCUGCACUGCCCUCCACAAGCUACCUGCCCUCCACGCCCAGUGUGGUUCCUGCCUCCUCCUACACCCCCAGCUCUGAGACGCCCCCAGCCCCAUCUUCCCGGGAAGCCAGCCGCCCACCAGAGGAACCCAGUGCCCCGAGCCCCACGCUGCCGGCACAGUUCAAGCAGCGGGCACCCAUGUACAACAGUGGCCUGAGCCCUGCCACACCCACACCUGCAGCGCCCACCUCGCCUCUGACGCCCACCACGCCCCCGGCUGUUGCCCCUGCCACUCAGACACCCCCGGUGGCCAUGGUGGCCCCACAGAGCCAGCCUCCUGCCCAACAACAGCCUAAGAAGAACCUGUCCCUCACGCGAGAGCAGAUGUUCGCCGCCCAGGAGAUGUUCAAGACAGCCAACAAAGUCACGCGGCCCGAGAAGGCCCUCAUCCUGGGCUUCAUGGCCGGUUCCCGAGAGAACCCGUGCCAGGAGCAAGGGGACGUGAUCCAGAUCAAGCUGAGCGAGCACACGGAGGACCUGCCCAAGGCGGACGGCCAGGGCAGCACCACCAUGCUGGUGGACACGGUGUUCGAGAUGAACUAUGCCACGGGCCAGUGGACGCGCUUCAAGAAGUACAAGCCCAUGACCAACGUGUCCUAGGCCGCCUGCCUCACAGCAGGCCCUCAGUUGGGGGCUCCGAGGGACGAUGGCUUUGCCGGCAUAAAGUACCCGGACGGCGGACACCUGGCACACGAGGUCCCCCCAGCUGCCCUGGCCACCGCCCUGCUGCUGACCCAGCCUGUUUCAGUUCUGGAUGCAUUUCUCUGGGGUGUUUUGGGCUUAUUUUUAAAAUUUUAAUAUGAGUUCCUUUUUGUGUGAUUUAAGACACUUUUUGGACUCAGCGUUACAUUUUUGAAUGUAGUAAGUUAACCAAAAGUUACAACUUCCUAAUUUUAGUGACAGCUCUGUUAGACUCUUACUUUUAACAAUCUUUUCUUAAAGAAAUUCCACUGACAGCGAGUAAGGACCUUCCCUCGCUGGGGCAGUGCCCUCCCGCCCCCAAGGUUGAGGGGACCAAGGUGGCAUCGGUGAUGCCGGGGGUGGGCAGGAACACCCAACCACACCAGAGUGUGGGAGACGGUGGGCCUCAUCCCCUGCCAGUGCCUGCCGGGGAGUUUUGUAUUCAUCUUUUGUACAGUUGUGGACAUUUACGACAGUCUUUGGGUACUUAUUUUCAUUGUAAAAUUAUCUGAACAAUUAAAGUUUAGCUUUUCUAAAGAAAGCCACCA